CCGAGGUUGGUUGCGCGGGCGCCGGGGAAGGAGACGCUGUCCUUCCGCAGCGAUGGGAUCCAGGCUCUGUGGAGGGACCUUCUGGUAUGUGUGUCCCUGUCCUUUCGGGGCGUGGAUGGUGCCCGGGACCCAGCCAGCAACCAGUUGAAGACGUUCUCCUUGGAAGCUCUCGGCCCCGAGGGCUCUCGCCUGAGGUGCCGAUCCUGCCAUGGCAUUCCGGAGGACUGAGGGUGUGUCCAUGAUCCAGGCCCUGGCCAUGACGGUGGCAGAGAUCCCUGUGUUCCUUUACACGACGUUCGGGCAGUCUGCCUUCUCCCAGCUGCGGUUGACACCAGGCCUGCGGAAGGUCCUCUUUGCCACGGCCCUGGGGACUGUGGCCUUGGCCCUGGCUGCCCACCAGCUGAAGAGGCGACGGCGGAAGAAGAAGCAGGUCGGCCCCGAGAUGGGCGGCGAGCAUCUGGGCACAGUGCCCCUCCCCAUCCUCAUGGCCAGGAAGGUCCCGUCACUGAAGAAAGGCUACUCCAGCCGGAGGGUCCAGAGCCCCAGUAGCAAGAGCAACGACACUCUGAGCGGCAUCUCCUCCAUCGAGCCCAGCAAGCACUCAGGCUCCUCCCACAGCUUGGCCUCGAUGGUAGUGGUGAACUCAUCCAGCCCCGUGGCUGCAUGCUCGGGGCCGUGGGACACCAGAGGGAUGGAGGAGUCUGUGACCACCAGCAGCGGCAAUGCUGAGAGCCUCUACAUGCAAGGCAUGGAGCUAUUUGAGGAAGCCCUGCAGAAGUGGGAGCAGGCGCUGAGCGUGGGGCAGAGGGGGGACGGCCUCCGGAACCCCGAGACCGCUUCAGAGGCGCCGUCCGAGCCAGAGUCACAGCGAAGGGAGUUUGCGGAGAAGCUGGAGUCCCUGCUGCACCGGGCCUACCACCUGCAGGAGGAGUUCGGGUCCACCUUCCCGGCCGACAACAUGCUGCUGGACCUCGAGCGGACCCUCAUGCUGCCUCUGACCGAGGGCUCGCUGCAUCUGCGGGCGGACCAUGAGAACAGCCUGACCUCGGAGGAUUCCUUCUUCUCCGCCACUGAGCUCUUUGAGCCCCUGCAGGUCGGAGAUUACCCGAGCCCACUCUCCAGGCCUGCCGCCGCCUACGAGGAGGCCCUGCAGCUGGUGAAGGAGGGCAGAGUGCCCUGCCGGACCCUCAGGUGCUGUGACUCUGCGCUUCCCCUCAGGACAGAACUGCUGGGCUGCUACAGUGACCAGGACUUUCUGGCCAAGCUGCAUUGUGUGCGGCAAGCCUUCGAGGGCCUCCUGGAGGACAAGAGUCACCAGUUUUUCUUCGGGCAGGUUGGCCGGCAGAUGGUGACGGGCCUGAUGACCAAGGCUGAGAAGAGCCCCAAAGGCUUCCUGGAGAGCUACGAGGAGAUGCUGAGCUACGCCCUGCGGCCGGAGACCUGGGCCACCACGCGGCUGGAGCUGGAGGGCCGAGGGGUGGUGUGCAUGAGCUUCUUCGACAUCGUGCUGGACUUCAUCCUCAUGGACGCCUUCGAGGACCUGGAAAACCCCCCGUCCUCGGUGCUCGCCGUCCUGAGGAACCGCUGGCUGUCGGACAGCUUCAAGGAGACGGCCCUGGCCACUGCUUGCUGGUCUGUCCUGAAAGCCAAGAGGAGGCUGCUGAUGGUGCCUGAUGGCUUCAUCUCCCAUUUCUACUCCGUAUCGGAGCACGUUAGCCCCGUCCUAGCCUUCGGCUUCCUCGGACCCAAGCCUCAGCUCUCUGAAGUCUGUGCUUUCUUUAAGCACCAGAUCGUGCAGUACCUGAGGGACAUGUUCGACCUGGACAACGUGCGCUACACAUCGGUGCCGGCGCUGGCGGACGACAUCCUCCAGCUGUCCCGGCGCCGCAGCGAGAUCCUGCUCGGCUACCUGGGGGCGCCGGUGGCCAGCAGCAUUGGCCUGAACGGUGUGCUGCCCCGAGAGAACGGGCCCCCAGAGGAGCUGCAGUAGUGGUGGGUGUGGACCUGGGAGGGGUGGCUGGCUGGUCCUCAUUCACGUGGGUGAUGGCAGAGAGAAGGCCUUGGGGGUGGCAUUGGAGGCCUGGGUGUCUAGCCGUCAGCAGUGGCAGAGCCCAGGCCAUGGUGGCCAAGGGUGCUUGCCCCUGACCUCGCCCCCACCCCAACCUCCAUCACCUGGGAAUCCCCGAGGCCCAGGGGAUAAACUUCCUCGGAGCGGCGUGGAGCCCCGAGGGGCCCGCCUCAGCUGUUCAUGGGAAAGCAGAGGCUGGACCAGUGGCCAGUGGGGCCUGAGGCGUUGUGAGGAGAAUCAGGACAGGCAGAGAUGGGAUGCCCCGGGGGUGGGUGCCCAAAACCUCCCGCCACCCCGGGGCUGCUGAGUGGGGCUGGGAGGGUGGAGAUGAAAGAGGGGGUGGCCGGGCUCUGCGGCAAAGGAACCUGGGCUGGACAGUCUCAGAUCCAGGCAUCUGCCCGGCCAGUCCUGACGGCCCGCUGCCACCCGAGAGAAUGUGCUGCUCCAGAGAUGGAGGGUGGGAGCCACAGAGUGUGGCCGGGGGGCACCUUGGUGGGCGGCGGGCCUGGGCCAUCCAGAGGCGGGCCCGCUUUCCUUGCGCUCACGUCAGGGCGGGGACCAGGCCCUUGG